CAAAAACAGACGCAACGCCAACAACCGCUACUCGUACGCGUACGCUGCACAGAAGAUUAUUUCUUCCGCACACCGAACCAUGUCUCCCGCCAUCUCCGGUCUCGUCCUGGGACUCCUCGCAACCUACCAACAAGUUCCCUCCGCCGCCGCUUUCAUGGCACCCAACACGAACCAGGCAAUGGCAGCAGCGGCGUUUUUGAAAGAGCCAUCCGUCGCGGCCUCGCCCACCUCCACCCUCCGCAUGGUGGGGGAGGAAUUCGAUCUCUCCGGUGCCUCGGGCGACGAAACCAACGAGGUCCGGGUCGAGCCCGACACGCACGACGAGCUCAUGUACGCCCUGGGGGUCAACCUGGCGCGGCAGCUCGGGGACAUCCGGCCCCUGGUCGAAUCCGGCGAGGAACUCGCGCAGGUCGCCAAGGGACUCCUCGACACGGUCGUCGGCCGCCUGAACGACGACGGACAGCGGUUGCUCCUCAGCAAGCGCGGGCGGGAACUGGACCAGCUGAUUGCGGGCCGGGCGUAAGUAUUGUACGGCAACGCGGCGGAUGCGGAUGGAUCGCCGUGGAUGCAUGCAUGCAUGCAUGCAGGGAAGGUUGGCUCCUUGUGUUUUCGUCGUCCGUGGGUCGACUCGUCUCACAAUUCUUCUCCCCGUGUUGCUCCCGUCGUUUCUCUUCUCGUCUCGUUAUGCGGUGCCUCUUGCGAUCAAAACAACACUUUGCAACCAAUCUCCCKCAAAUAUUCAAAACGACCAACCCGGCGCAAAUGUCGGAAUAUAUCGCUACGGAACAAAAUUGGAUUUCGAUCGAUCCUGGAAACAACAAACAAACAAACCAUACCGAACCGAACCGAACCGCAGCAACGCCCUCCGCGAAAAGCUCGAGCUCCGGGGCCGCGAGAUGCUGCAGAACAUGGCGGACACCGAAGAGGUCAUCGCCCUCGACUCGGGGGUCUGCGUCCACGUCCUGGAGCACGGACCGGAGGGCCCCGGCCAGGGCGCCCGGGCCACCGCCGGGAGCGUCGUCGUCAUCCACUACCACGGAACCCUGUCGGACGGGACCGUCUUCGACUCGACCCUCGGCGGGGAGCCCGUCAAGUUCCCCCUGGCCCAGGUCAUCCCCGGGUGGCGCGAGGGUGUCCUGGCCAUGCACAAGGGUGAGACGGCCAUGCUCGGGAUCCCACCGGAGGAGGCCUACGGGGCCGAGGGGACGCCGGACGGCCGAAUCCCGGGCGGCAGCACGCUCUUCUUCAAGAUCCAGCUGGUCGACAUCCUGUCCGGGGCCRUCGGCGGGGCACCGACCCUCUUUGGGGCGGACGGMCAGCCCGUCAGCAGCAACGACGACAGCGGUGGGUCCGGCUUGAUCGGCGUGGACGGCCAGGCACUCUGAGCCUCGCAGGCCGACGACGGCGGAACCGGCACUCCCCGCCCCGGGGAGGGUCCCCGCCCCGGGGAGAGUUCGCAGGCGUAGGCGCAGCGGUGCGCCUGCUUCCGUGCCACGAUUCCCCGGGGAAGCAACCACACGAAAGAAGCCGUGCCCUCUGGGAAUCAAGAAACCCCGAAACACGGUCGAAUUGUUUGAACCGAUACUGGACUGUUCCYGUUCCCAAAAUCUUGCGAUGGGUUUGGUGAGUUUGGCAAGCAACAACAAAAAACAAAAAUAGUAGAAAAACCAAAGAUAGAGAAACGCACUGCUUGAUAAACUCACUAAUGAUUA